UCUCACAAUUUUCUUUUUUUCUCGAAUCGGUAUGUGCUCUUUUAUUCAUAUUUUUUCUCGAAUCGUAAGGUGCUCUUUUAUUCGUAUUUUUUUUUCUAUUUGUUCUUUCUACAGUUGCAUAUGGAAUUCCUCAACGACAUCAUUGUUGUUCUCCCUAACCAUUUCAUGUGGUUUAUCAGGGGUUGUAGUAUUGCUUUUUAAGUCAUGACGUGGCUGGUUGGGUAGAUUGAGGCUGUUCCUGGUGCUGUGAAGCUUCUAUCCACAGGGAUGCAUAUUCCAGAUAUUGUUGCUGUGAUGUUUGAUAUAGAUCUGGUCUGUACAUUCAUGGGGUUUCGGGGGCUUCGUAUUGGCAUCUAUACUGAUGUUAUCAUAGCUCGACUGCUAAAAAUAUGGAUUGAGCAUAGUGGACAUCCUACAUGCCUCAAACGAACAAUACAUAUGUUGUGGAUUGAUAAAGAGGUUUGUACCAGAUCUUUAUUGUCUACAGUCAUUUCAUACUUGUAUGUUUCAACUAUUUAAUUAGUAUUUUGCAGAAACGUUGGCUUGAAGGUUAUGUUGAAGAAGAUAAUAUUGAAGAAAAGAGUACUAAGCUUAAGGUCAACCACUUAUAUAUGAUGGAUGGUUAUCUUAAAAACAUGGUUCUCAGAUGUCCCAUUAUAGUCAUAAACUGUUCUACAUUAUUCAGGUAAUGAUGAUCAUAUAUUUCUUUGUUCAUGUGAUGAUUGUAAUUUAGAACCUAACUAUCAAUUGAAUUCCAGAUGUGACAGGGUGUGUUUUUCACCUUACUAUCCCACAAUGUACUGCCAACGGACUUUCUCAGUUUGAACUUGUGAUAGAAGAUUUUAGGUAUCCUACAUUCUUGAAUUUUGCAAGGACUUUAACCAUUCACAUGUAAUGCUAAGCGUUUUUUAUGUUAUUUUGUGUAGUGGAAAAAUGACAACAAUUUACUAUUCCGGACCAAAACUUAUCAAAUACCUCGAUCUUGUCGUAGACUCGGAAUCUCGACUUCCACUUAUUACUACUGUUACUGCAAUUAGUAUGUUACCAACUACAAAUGGAGAGGACAAUGAAUAUAAAUUUCAAUCUUCAGCAGACAGUCGACUUAUUAUUGGUUCUUAUAAUUACCACUAUGAAAAACUUAUGAACAAGUUUCAAUAUAUGGAGAGAAAAAAAUAUAUUUACCGAUUCUGAUAGUUUUCCGUUUUCUAUAAACAAGUACUAACAUUCCUUUCUUUCAUUUCAGGUUCAUAGAUGAUCGAAAACCAGUAACCUGUAUCAAUAAAGUAUCACGUAAACCUAUUGGUUACCUUCGUGGCCUACUUCCACCCAAAAAAUCACUUCAAGCACUAAAAGAAAUUAUUAUGUUCCAGACACAACAUUUUGAGGUAUAUAUAGAAUAUUAUAGAUUUCUUUCCUAACUAAAUUUACUUAAAAAUUUGAUCAAUCAUCCAAUAUAUAUGUAUCUUUUAGGUUCUUUAUCAGUGUAAGUUGAAGAUGAUAAGCUUAAACUAUGGUCCCCAAGUUUACAAGUCAAGUUCACGAUAUCCAAAGUAUGUUUCUAUUAUGUCUUAUUUGAUUAUCCUUCUAUCCACUGUACAUACAUGAACUGAAAGUGUUACCUUUAUUUUAUAAAUCAGAAUACAAUAUGAAUUGCAUGCAACAUGUGAAAAUGAAGGCAUUGCUGUUGAUGUGGUUUUUUUUUAUCAUGAAGCGACUCUGGGGCUGGUCUGUAUGUCCCCUGAAGAACUUUUCAAGCUUAGUUAUGAAAAGGCAUAUGAUCGUAUUUAUAGUAGAUGCAACAUAACAUUUGCAGCGGAGCUUUUUAUUGUAUCUGUGAAUUCGGAAAGUCCACUUUGCAUUCGAAUUGUUACAAUUUGGGAUCCUGAUAGUUUCAACUAAUCAAAGAUUGGACAUGCUGUAGUUUAUUUUGACUUACCAGAUUAUGUACAAUUGUGUACAUUAUGUAUUCGUAUUAGCUACAUCCUUUUCCUCCUUUCCCAGACUAUGACUCAAGUACUUUAAAUAUAUUAUUAUUAUUAUUAUUAUUAUUAUUAUUACUACGUAGAUGGUCAUUUUGAUCAUCAAUGUAUGCAGUACAUCAUAUAUAGACGGUCUACGGUCCAGUCGAGGGACUAAAGUAUAGAACAGAGACCACACCACAUAUCGGCUGUAACCCUUCUGGAAUAAUUGUCAGUUUCACUAGCAUAUAAGUUAAUGUAUUCAGAUUAUAUAAUGUAAUAGAUGUUGAAUUUUUUUUUAUCUAAAUAGACAAAUAUGUUGUGUUAUGCAUAUGCUAGUGUUAUAUAAAAUCUCAUGAAUUCUUGAUGAUCCCAUGUGAGUUGGUGAAAUAAAUUUAUUAUAUUGAUCGUGACCAAGAAAAUAUUCAUGUAAGUGAUAGAUUGUGGUCAUCGGAUAAAUAACAAUUCAUGUCAGCUCCUAAGCCAUACCACUUCAAGGGCAACCUUAAAAAGGAUGAUCAUGGAGACAUGGACCAAAGAGCCAAUCAUGAAGUAAUCUGACUAAUUCCAGAUUUUUGUUAGCACUUAGUAGUGCACGACACUAUGAUUCCAUUUUUCUGUUUUGAAAUUAUUGGAUUGGAUUUAAUUCAAUUAAAAUUCACAUUUUGAGUCAAUUUAUGAAUCAUCUCAGGCCCAUACUCAAUCUUAGCCAUAACAAGCCCCGAAUGAGACCCACCUAAAAGUGCAGCAAUCAGCCCAAAGACUUUGUAAAACUGCAAAAAGAAGUGAAAAACAUAAAAUUAGAUGCACCAGCCGGGAAUCGAACCCGGGUCUGUACCGUGGCAGGGUACUAUUCUACCACUAGACCACUGGUGCUGUUAUGAUAUUUCAAAUCAAUUUAAUUUUAUUCCAUCCAAAAUUUACUUUUGUCACUCUUUCCAUAUCUAAUGUGUUCUCUGUUCUGCAUUUUCUCUUCUUAAGCAUUUUGUCUGCAGCUGUUUCUGCCAAUUUCAGAAUGUUAACCAGAAUAAAUAAUUACAUAUCUAACUACCAGCUAUAAACAUACAGCUUCAGUGCAAGAACAUUCAGAAAAGCUUUACCUGGAAAUCACGAGAUUUUGCACCAAGAAAUCCAGAACAGCUGGCCGCACUGCACAACCAACGAACCUUUGCACAUAGCAUUCAAAGUUGUAAUCAUAUGACAGUUCGGUUCCAAUCGGAAUGUCUUGCUUUGCAAAUAUUCCAGCCCGUCUUUCUCCAUGCCACUUCCUUGUCUCGCAAUUUGGUUGAUUACAGCAGAAAAGUAAUCCUCUCUAACACAAUUAAACGGAAGCAUAUUCACUCAAUGACAUUCUGACUGAAAAAAGCUCACCAUGAAUGGUUUAUGAACCUAGCAUUACUUCCUUUAAAUUGCAAGUUUGGCACUAGAAUUAGUAAAUAUUUUACUUUUGCUAUUAAAAUUAGUUUAUUCUAUUCCUGGUCACUAAGAUUAGUUCAACAGUUCAAGUUUGGUCACUCUCCGUUAUCUUUAUCCUAUGUGGCGGUCAACACUCAUAGUUGACCGUUAAAUGAGUGACGUGUCAAUUAAAAAUAUUUAACUUAUAAUAAUUUCAUCUCAUUUUCGAAAAAUUUAGAAAAUAAAAUAAAAACCUGAAAAUAAGGGUAAAGUUUUUGGAAUCGGGUUCUCUCUCCUCCCCGCACGCCGCCCGGUUUUCCGGCAUCCCUUCACCUCAUCUCCAUCCCGAUCUUCUGCCCAGAUGCCAGCCUCAACCCUCCGCCCCACUGAUGAAUAUAUAUCCCUCGACCGGGUCGUCAAUGGCGACGGCGGGGAGAGGCUGGAUGCGUCGACCGCCGAGAGCUUGACCUCCGUCGAUGAGAGGAGGAAAGAGAGGGAAGAGCUGGAGAAUGUCAAGAAGUCACUCUCUUCCCCCUUUACCGUCCCAGUCCAGCGUAACUUCUUCUCAAAGAAGUCUCGGGCGAAUUAACUGUUAUAAGUAUGAAGGGGAAUUGAGAAAGGGAAGCGGGACAGAGAGAUUAAAAUUGGAGGGGGUAAUAUAUAGAUGGAAGUGAAAUUCACAGGGAAAUGGGGGGAAAAGUCAGAAUCUUUUGGGGAGAGAUUAAAAAAUUGGAUAUGGGUUUGUUUGCUAGGGAUUAUGGACUAGAUCGCCAGAUUUGAUCAGCGUGGCACUGAGUAUCUGUGCUCCGUCGGGUUUUCUUCUACCACAACUACCUCUGUUGCUUUGUGAAUGGAUUGUAAUGGGUUUUGAAAAUUUAGAAUCGAAUUUAUCGUUGUUGGUGUUCAUGUUCUUAGAGAGAAUGCAAUCGAUGAUAUUGUGCAAAGGCAGAUGACCCCUCUUUGAUCUAUAGUUGGAAACUGUGAAUAGAUUGUAUUGGGAUUU